AUGGCGGGUUGGAGGUCACCCAAACGGGAUCCUACUGAUAAGAAUCCAGUGGGCGAGUUGUUUGAUGGCUUUUUAGAAAGCCUCAGGGGAGAGAAUGUGAUCAAUGGAAGAGAUUUAAGCAGAUUUGGGGAGGGGGUGUACAAUCUUGUGGCUACAACUGUAAACAUGUUCAACAAUAUCACUGAGAAAAGUGAAGUGGCUAGCAAGAUACUUGAGAAGCAUCUUUCCAAACCAAAGAGAGAACUGAAUUUAGAAUCUGAACUAGAAAUCUAUGAAGAAGAAACGGAAACUUCUGACCCAUCUGCCUCUUCUCCAGAAUACGAAUAUGAAAAUGAAGAGAAUAAACAGGAAGAUAAUGAAACCCAACAUAAAAGCUAUGAAGAUGAAAUUGAGGAGAAAGCUGAAUUGGUCCAAGCAUCUUCUGUACCUCUAACAGAUUGCAAACCACUCCAAAAGGAUUCUGUGGAUACAUUGAAGUCAAUGGCCAAGAACCUGGUUGGUGGCAUUUUAUCUGACUUCAAGGAGAAGAAUGUGAUAGAUGAAAAUUAUUUAAGAAGUUUAGGGACAGACAUAUUCAACAUUGCAGCUGCAACUGUGAGCCUAUUUGAAGAUAUUGAUCAGAAAACUGAAAAGACAGCCAAAAUAUUUAAAAACCACUUCUCCAAACCCCAGAAACAGCUGAGUUUAAUUGUUCUGGAAGAAGAUACUGGACCAGAUGAAUCAGAUGAAUCCACUGGUAUCCUGAAGACUUGUCCUCGUGAAAAUUUCCUGAAACUAAGAGAUAAAAUGGCUGGAAAGAUCUAUCCAAUUAAAGAGAAGAAUGACCGCACACGAUUAGCCCUCAUUAUCUGUAAUACAGACUUUGAAAGUCUUAAUAGGAGAGGUGGGGCUGACCUUGACAUCAAAAGGAUGACAAUGUUGCUUGAGAGCCUGGACUAUAGGGUGAAGGUGGAAAAACAACUCACAGCUGUGGAGAUGCAGUCAGUACUGAAGGAGUUCGCUGGGCUCCCAGAGCACAACUCUUCAGACAGCACAUUCCUGGUGUUCAUGUCUCAUGGUAUCCUGGAGGGAAUAUGUGGAACUACACAUAGUGAAAAACAACCAGAUGUGUUAUCUUAUGACACUAUCUUCUGUAUUUUCAACAACUUAAACUGUGAAAAUCUAAAAGACAAGCCCAAGGUCAUCAUUGUGCAGGCCUGCAGAGGUGAAAAUAGGGGAGAAUUGUAUUCUCUUGAUAGUCUUGGGGCUACAGCUAAUAUGCUUUCAAGGUCAGCCGGUAUGCUGAGAUUGGAUAGCGUUACAGUGAACCACAUGGAGAAAGACUUCAUUGCUUUCUACUCCACAACACCACAUAAUGCAUCCCCAAGAUAUGAAAUGGAGGGUUCUCCCUUCAUUACACAACUCGUCACAUGCAUCCAAAAAUAUUCUUGGUGCUCUCAUUUAGAAGAAGUAUUCCGGGAGGUACAGCGAUCAUUUGAAAAACCAAACAUUAGAGCUCAAAUGCCCACUAUGGAUAGGGUUUCCUUGUCAAGAUAUUUCUACCUCUUUCCUGGCAAUUGA